AUGGAUCGUAUGCCAUCACUCAAUGAACUUAGAAUAUUCCAUAACAAUGUCCAAAUACCUCUAUCACAGAUUCAAGAGAUAAAGAAUCCCCAUGACAUUCAUUCAAUUCGACAAUUGGAUCAGAGUUUAAAUGAAUUACCCCAUAUAGGUGUAAACAGAAGUAAUUCAAUUAAUAGGAUAAUGCCAGAUUACCAACAGAUAAUAAUUGAAAAAUAUAAAGAGAAUGAACACAUUAUUAGGGAAUUUAUUAAAUGUAAAAAUAACGAAAGCACUACCAACGAUGGAAAUUGCAAUCACGACAAUCGAUUCAUUCUGAUUGAUCGUAAUGAAUUUACAGCACUCUUCAAAAUAGAAGAUGUUAUGCUCAUCGAUUUGAUAUUCCAUCACUUCCAGUACAACGAUAAAAGUAGAGCAACUGAUAGAUUCACCUCAACUAAUAAUAAUAACAGCAACAACAACAACAAUCAUCAUAGUAAUAACAUUAAUAAUAGUAAUAGCAAUAACAAACAUAAUAUUAGUAAAAAUAAUUUAAAAGAUAUAAUUACAACAAACAAUGUAAUAACAACUAAUAAUAAUAAUAGUAAUAAUAUUGAUAACAAUAACAAUAAUGGUAAUAUUGUUAGUUGUCAAGAUGAUAAACCAAGCCAGAGCUUUAUCAAUAACUAUAUGAGUAGCAGUGUUGAGAGUCAUAAUAGUGCUUUGUCGAGUGACACCAGUAGUUUCAGUGACAGCAACAACAACAAUAGCAAGAUCAAUAUAUUGAAAAGACCGAUUGCUGGAUCAUUUCCAAUUGAAACACCAUCAUUCUACAACAUACCAUUGCAAAACACUGACAGUAGUCAACCAACAAGUCUUACCAACAGUCCACUAGAAGAACAAUGUAACUUUACAUCAACUGCUGACAAUACUCCAACCAUUGAGAAUAACCUUAAUAAUAUCAUCGAAAAUAAUAACAAUAAUAACAAUGAUAAUGAUAAUAUUGAUGAUAAUAAUAAUGAUGAUAAUGAUAAUGAUGAGGAUGAUGACAUUGAAAAUAGCUCAGGAAGUAGUAGUAAUAACAUUAGCAGUAAUAUUAGUAGUAGUGACAGUUCAAAUGAUGAUCAUAAUAAAAGUAUAACUACCGAACAAGAUAAUAAUAAUAAUAACAAUAAUAACAGUACCAUUAAUAAUGAUGAUGUAGAUAUCAAUAAAAAUAAUAAAAACAACAAACAAAGUAGUACAAAGAAAGAUAAUAAACUAUUUAAAAAGAAAGCAAAGAAAGAGAAGGAGAAGGAGAAAGACAAAGAGAAAAUAACAUCUUAUGUCAAUCUAUUCGAUAUAAUCAAUCAAAUUUACUUGAUUAUGUCAAAUAGAGGUACAAAAGAAGAUAGAAUUAAAAGUGCUUUCAAUUUGUAUGAUAUCUAUAAUAGAGGAUUUAUCAAUAGAGUUGAUUUAAAGAAUGUACUGGCAUUCAGAAUCAAACAGAAUGGACUAUCGAUAUCCGAUAUGACUUUGGAGAAUUUGGUUGACAAUGUAUUCGAACAGUUUGACAAAAACAAAGAUGGUAUCAUUGACUUUCAGGAAUUCCAACAGGAAAUGCUAUCGAUCAAAGAUAAUGAACCAACAACAAAACCAAUUGAACAAAAGAAAACAACACAGGGUGUUAAAACCUAUUUCAAUAUUGAAGGUAUUAACAUCAUUAGUUCACACGUAUGUAUAUAUGAAAAACUGCAAACAUAA